AGGUUCCAUAAUUUCCUUUGACAAAAAAAGGUGCUUUCUAUUUUCGAUUUUGCAACCUGCAGAAAGAAAUAAAGAAAGGCUAAAAAUUUUUAACCAAAAAAAAAAAAAAAGGAAAAAUGGGAAAAUCAACAGUAAUCUUCAUUGCUAGUACUAUUUGUUUGUUCUCCUUGCUAGGGAUCACUCAAGCCAAUGAUGAGUAUGAGUUCAUUCUCGAAGGAAUGGUCUAUUGUGACCCUUGUCGUUCAGAAUUCAAAACUAAUCUUAGUCAACCUUUAGCAGAUGCGAGGGUGGGGAUGCAAUGCCGACACCCCGAAACCGAACAAAUCACUAUAACUGUCAGCGCCUCGACUAACUCCACAGGUUAUUACCACAUGCUGAUAGAUGGAGACCACGAGAGUGAGCUCUGCGAGACCUAUUUGAUAAGAAGUCCUAAAGAAGAUUGCAGUGAAAUACCAAAUCAAGGGCAUGGCAGAGAAUCAUCAAGAGUUACUCUCACUAACAACAAUGGCAUAUCUGGAAAGUAUCGUGAUGCCAAUCCUCUCUUUUUCUUGGCUAAAAAAGUCGCACCAGAGUGCGCACAAGAAUUCAAGGAGAUGGAAUAUAUUCCUGAACUUAAAGAUAUCAACCAGGCAUGAAGCUUUAAUUUGUUGACUAGUUGAAUAAUAGCAAGACUAAAGUCCUAUAUUUUAAUAUGUGGUCAAAUUUUUAUGUUUUGUUUGUGUUAGUUUAAAUCUUGAUUUUGAUAAUUAUUUUGGACAAUGUGGUCAAAUUUUUAUGUUUUUUUGUGUUAGUUUAAAUCUUGAUUUUGAGGCUUAAGGGGUUUCUAAACUUUAUCCAUUAGAGCUUUGUACGUACGUAAUAGAAAUUUUCAUUCAUGACUCAAAUGUAUUAAUUUGAUUUACCAACAAGAAAAUAAAAAAACAAAUAAUAAAAUACCUCUUAUUGGGUUCCUUAUUUUAUGU